AUGCCUCACAUCCCGCUGACACCUCAAGAGGCACACGGAGUUCAUUGCUUCAAAAGGCUCAAGACGUAUGCCAACUUUCCAGAAGCACCUCAGGAGGAGGCUCCUCUCACCAAUAGGCUCAAGACGUAUGCCAACUUUCCAGAAGCACCUCAGGAGGAGGCUCCUCUCACCAAUAGGCUCAAGACGUAUGCCAACUUUCCAGAAGCACCUCAGGAGGAGGCUUCUCUCAGCAAUAGGCUCAAGACGUAUGCCAACUUUCCAGAAGCACCUCAGGAGGAGGCUUCUCUCAGCAAUAGGCUCAAGACGUAUGCCAACUUUCCAGAAGCACCUCAGGAGGAGGCUUCUCUCAGCAAUAGGCUCAAGACGUAUGCCAACUUUCCAGAAGCACCUCAGGAGGAGGCUUCUCUCAGCAAUAGGCUCAAGACGUAUGCCAACUUUCCAGAAGCACCUCAGGAGGAGGCUUCUCUCAGCAAUAGGCUCAAGACGUAUGCCAACUUUCCAGAAGCACCUCAGGAGGAGGCUUCUCUCAGCAAUAGGCUCAAGACGUAUGCCAACUUUCCAGAAGCACCUCAGGAGGAGGCUCCUCUCACCAAUAGGCUCAAGACGUAUGCCAACUUUCCAGAAGCACCUCAGGAGGAGGCUUCUCUCAGCAAUAGGCUCAAGACGUAUGCCAACUUUCCAGAAGCACCUCAGGAGGAGGCUUCUCUCAGCAAUAGGCUCAAGACGUAUGCCAACUUUCCAGAAGCACCUCAGGAGGAGGCUUCUCUCAGCAAUAGGCUCAAGACGUAUGCCAACUUUCCAGAAGCACCUCAGGAGGAGGCUUCUCUCAGCAAUAGGCUCAAGACGUAUGCGAACUUUCCAGAAGCACCUCAGGAGGAGGCUUCUCUCAGCAAUAGGCUCAAGACGUAUGCCAACUUUCCAGAAGCACCUCAGGAGGAGGCUUCUCUCAGCAAUAGGCUCAAGACGUAUGCCAACUUUCCAGAAGCACCUCAGGAGGAGGCUUCUCUCAGCAAUAGGCUCAAGACGUAUGCCAACUUUCCAGAAGCACCUCAGGAGGAGGCUUCUCUCAGCAAUAGGCUCAAGACGUAUGCCAACUUUCCAGAAGCACCUCAGGAGGAGGCUCCUCUCACCAAUAGGCUCAAGACGUAUGCCAACUUUCCAGAAGCACCUCAGGAGGAGGCUUCUCUCAGCAAUAGGCUCAAGACGUAUGCCAACUUUCCAGAAGCACCUCAGGAGGAGGCUUCUCUCAGCAAUAGGCUCAAGACGUAUGCGAACUUUCCAGAAGCACCUCAGGAGGAGGCUUCUCUCAGCAAUAGGCUCAAGACGUAUGCCAACUUUCCAGAAGCACCUCAGGAGGAGGCUUCUCUCAGCAAUAGGCUCAAGACGUAUGCCAACUUUCCAGAAGCACCUCAGGAGGAGGCUUCUCUCAGCAAUAGGCUCAAGACGUAUGCCAACUUUCCAGAAGCACCUCAGGAGGAGGCUUCUCUCAGCAAUAGGCUCAAGACGUAUGCCAACUUUCCAGAAGCACCUCAGGAGGAGGCUCCUCUCACCAAUAGGCUCAAGACGUAUGCCAACUUUCCAGAAGCACCUCAGGAGGAGGCUUCUCUCAGCAAUAGGCUCAAGACGUAUGCCAACUUUCCAGAAGCACCUCAGGAGGAGGCUUCUCUCAGCAAUAGGCUCAAGACGUAUGCCAACUUUCCAGAAGCACCUCAGGAGGAGGCUUCUCUCAGCAAUAGGCUCAAGACGUAUGCCAACUUUCCAGAAGCACCUCAGGAGGAGGCUUCUCUCAGCAAUAGGCUCAAGACGUAUGCCAACUUUCCAGAAGCACCUCAGGAGGAGGCUUCUCUCAGCAAUAGGCUCAAGACGUAUGCCAACUUUCCAGAAGCACCUCAGGAGGAGGCUUCUCUCAGCAAUAGGCUCAAGACGUAUGCCAACUUUCCAGAAGCACCUCAGGAGGAGGCUUCUCUCAGCAAUAGGCUCAAGACGUAUGCCAACUUUCCAGAAGCACCUCAGGAGGAGGCUUCUCUCAGCAAUAGGCUCAAGACGUAUGCCAACUUUCCAGAAGCACCUCAGGAGGAGGCUCCUCUCACCAAUAGGCUCAAGACGUAUGCCAACUUUCCAGAAGCACCUCAGGAGGAGGCUCCUCUCACCAAUAGGCUCAAGACGUAUGCCAACUUUCCAGAAGCACCUCAGGAAGAGGCUUCUCUCAGCAAUAGGCUCAAGACGUAUGCCAACUUUCCAGAAGCACCUCAGGAAGAGGCUUCUCUCAGCAAUAGGCUCAAGACGUAUGCCAACUUUCCAGAAGCACCUCAGGAGGAGGCUUCUCUCAGCAAUAGGCUCAAGACGUAUGCCAACUUUCCAGAAGCACCUCAGGAGGAGGCUUCUCUCAGCAAUAGGCUCAAGACGUAUGCCAACUUUCCAGAAGCACCUCAGGAGGAGGCUCCUCUCACCAAUAGGCUCAAGACGUAUGCCAACUUUCCAGAAGCACCUCAGGAAGAGGCUUCUCUCAGCAAUAGGCUCAAGACGUAUGCCAACUUUCCAGAAGCACCUCAGGAAGAGGCUUCUCUCAGCAAUAGGCUCAAGACGUAUGCCAACUUUCCAGAAGCACCUCAGGAGGAGGCUUCUCUCAGCAAUAGGCUCAAGACGUAUGCCAACUUUCCAGAAGCACCUCAGGAGGAGGCUUCUCUCAGCAAUAGGCUCAAGACGUAUGCCAACUUUCCAGAAGCACCUCAGGAGGAGGCUCCUCUCACCAAUAGGCUCAAGACGUAUGCCAACUUUCCAGAAGCACCUCAGGAGGAGGCUUCUCUCAGCAAUAGGCUCAAGACGUAUGCCAACUUUCCAGAAGCACCUCAGGAGGAGGCUUCUCUCAGCAAUAGGCUCAAGACGUAUGCCAACUUUCCAGAAGCACCUCAGGAGGAGGCUUCUCUCAGCAAUAGGCUCAAGACGUAUGCCAACUUUCCAGAAGCACCUCAGGAAGAGGCUCCUCUCACCAAUAGGCUCAAGACGUAUGCCAACUUUCCAGAAGCACCUCAGGAGGAGGCUUCUCUCAGCAAUAGGCUCAAGACGUAUGCCAACUUUCCAGAAGCACCUCAGGAGGAGGCUUCUCUCAGCAAUAGGCUCAAGACGUAUGCCAACUUUCCAGAAGCACCUCAGGAAGAGGCUCCUCUCACCAAUAGGCUCAAGACGUAUGCCAACUUUCCAGAAGCACCUCAGGAGGAGGCUUCUCUCAGCAAUAGGCUCAAGACGUAUGCCAACUUUCCAGAAGCACCUCAGGAGGAGGCUUCUCUCAGCAAAAGGCUCAAGACGUAUGCCAACUUUCCAGAAGCACCUCAGGAGGAGGCUUCUCUCAGCAAUAGGCUCAAGACGUAUGCCAACUUUCCAGAAGCACCUCAGGAGGAGGCUUCUCUCAGCAAUAGGCUCAAGACGUAUGCCAACUUUCCAGAAGCACCUCAGGAGGAGGCUUCUCUCAGCAAUAGGCUCAAGACGUAUGCCAACUUUCCAGAAGCACCUCAGGAGGAGGCUUCUCUCAGCAAUAGGCUCAAGACGUAUGCCAACUUUCCAGAAGCACCUCAGGAGGAGGCUUCUCUCAGCAAUAGGCUCAAGACGUAUGCCAACUUUCCAGAAGCACCUCAGGAGGAGGCUUCUCUCAGCAAUAGGCUCAAGACGUAUGCCAACUUUCCAGAAGCACCUCAGGAGGAGGCUUCUCUCAGCAAUAGGCUCAAGACGUAUGCCAACUUUCCAGAAGCACCUCAGGAGGAGGCUUCUCUCAGCAAUAGGCUCAAGACGUAUGCCAACUUUCCAGAAGCACCUCAGGAGGAGGCUUCUCUCAGCAAUAGGCUCAAGACGUAUGCCAACUUUCCAGAAGCACCUCAGGAGGAGGCUUCUCUCAGCAAUAGGCUCAAGACGUAUGCCAACUUUCCAGAAGCACCUCAGGAGGAGGCUUCUCUCAGCAAUAGGCUCAAGACGUAUGCCAACUUUCCAGAAGCACCUCAGGAGGAGGCUUCUCUCAGCAAUAGGCUCAAGACGUAUGCCAACUUUCCAGAAGCACCUCAGGAGGAGGCUUCUCUCAGCAAUAGGCUCAAGACGUAUGCCAACUUUCCAGAAGCACCUCAGGAGGAGGCUUCUCUCAGCAAUAGGCUCAAGACGUAUGCCAACUUUCCAGAAGCACCUCAGGAGGAGGCUUCUCUCAGCAAUAGGCUCAAGACGUAUGCCAACUUUCCAGAAGCACCUCAGGAGGAGGCUUCUCUCAGCAAUAGGCUCAAGACGUAUGCCAACUUUCCAGAAGCACCUCAGGAGGAGGCUUCUCUCAGCAAUAGGCUCAAGACGUAUGCCAACUUUCCAGAAGCACCUCAGGAGGAGGUUUCUCUCAGCAAUAGGCUCAAGACGUAUGCCAACUUUCCAGGAGCACCUCAGGAGGAGGCUUCUCUCAGCAAUAGGCUCAAGACGUAUGCCAACUUUCCAGAAGCACCUCAGGAGGAGGCUCCUCUCACCAAUAGGCUCAAGACGUAUGCCAACUUUCCAGAAGCACCUCAGGAGGAGGCUCCUCUCACCAAUAGGCUCAAGACGUAUGCCAACUUUCCAGAAGCACCUCAGGAAGAGGCUUCUCUCAGCAAUAGGCUCAAGACGUAUGCCAACUUUCCAGAAGCACCUCAGGAGGAGGCUUCUCUCAGCAAUAGGCUCAAGACGUAUGCCAACUUUCCAGAAGCACCUCAGGAAGAGGCUUCUCUCAGCAAUAGGCUCAAGACGUAUGCCAACUUUCCAGAAGCACCUCAGGAGGAGGCUUCUCUCAGCAAUAGGCUCAAGACGUAUGCCAACUUUCCAGAAGCACCUCAGGAGGAGGCUUCUCUCAGCAAUAGGCUCAAGACGUAUGCCAACUUUCCAGAAGCACCUCAGGAGGAGGCUUCUCUCAGCAAUAGGCUCAAGACGUAUGCCAACUUUCCAGAAGCACCUCAGGAGGAGGCUUCUCUCAGCAAUAGGCUCAAGACGUAUGCCAACUUUCCAGAAGCACCUCAGGAGGAGGCUUCUCUCAGGAAUAGGCUCAAGACGUAUGCCAACUUUCCAGAAGCACCUCAGGAGGAGGCUUCUCUCAGCAAUAGGCUCAAGACGUAUGCCAACUUUCCAGAAGCACCUCAGGAGGAGGCUUCUCUCAGCAAUAGGCUCAAGACGUAUGCCAACUUUCCAGAAGCACCUCAGGAGGAGGCUUCUCUCAGCAAUAGGCUCAAGACGUAUGCCAACUUUCCAGAAGCACCUCAGGAGGAGGCUUCUCUCAGCAAUAGGCUCAAGACGUAUGCCAACUUUCCAGAAGCACCUCAGGAGGAGGCUUCUCUCAGCAAUAGGCUCAAGACGUAUGCCAACUUUCCAGAAGCACCUCAGGAGGAGGCUUCUCUCAGCAAUAGGCUCAAGACGUAUGCCAACCUUCCAGAAGCACCUCAGGAGGAGGCUUCUCUCAGCAAUAGGCUCAAGACGUAUGCCAACUUUCCAGAAGCACCUCAGGAGGAGGCUUCUCUCAGCAAUAGGCUCAAGACGUAUGCCAACUUUCCAGAAGCACCUCAGGAGGAGGCUUCUCUCAGCAAUAGGCUCAAGACGUAUGCCAACUUUCCAGAAGCACCUCAGGAGGAGGCUUCUCUCAGCAAUAGGCUCAAGACGUAUGCCAACUUUCCAGAAGCACCUCAGGAGGAGGCUUCUCUCAGCAAUAGGCUCAAGACGUAUGCCAACUUUCCAGAAGCACCUCAGGAGGAGGCUUCUCUCAGCAAUAGGCUCAAGACGUAUGCCAACUUUCCAGAAGCACCUCAGGAGGAGGCUUCUCUCAGCAAUAGGCUCAAGACGUAUGCCAACCUUCCAGAAGCACCUCAGGAGGAGGCUUCUCUCAGCAAUAGGCUCAAGACGUAUGCCAACUUUCCAGAAGCACCUCAGGAGGAGGCUUCUCUCAGCAAUAGGCUCAAGACGUAUGCCAACCUUCCAGAAGCACCUCAGGAGGAGGCUUCUCUCAGCAAUAGGCUCAAGACGUAUGCCAACUUUCCAGAAGCACCUCAGGAGGAGGCUUCUCUCAGCAAUAGGCUCAAGACGUAUGCCAACCUUCCAGAAGCACCUCAGGAGGAGGCUUCUCUCAGCAAUAGGCUCAAGACGUAUGCCAACUUUCCAGAAGCACCUCAGGAGGAGGCUUCUCUCAGCAAUAGGAUCAAGACGUAUGCCAACUUUCCAGAAGCACCUCAGGAGGAGGCUUCUCUCAGCAAUAGGCUCAAGACGUAUGCCAACUUUCCAGAAGCAUAUCAGGAGGAGGCUUCUCUCAGCAAUAGGCUCAAGACGUAUGCCAACUUUCCAGAAGCACCUCAGGAGGAGGCUUCUCUCAGCAAUAGGCUCAAGACGUAUGCCAACUUUCCAGAAGCACCUCAGGAGGAGGCUUCUCUCAGCAAUAGGCUCAAGACGUAUGCCAACUUUCCAGAAGCACCUCAGGAGGAGGCUUCUCUCAGCAAUAGGCUCAAGACGUAUGCCAACUUUCCAGAAGCACCUCAGGAGGAGGCUUCUCUCAGCAAUAGGAUCAAGACGUAUGCCAACUUUCCAGAAGCACCUCAGGAGGAGGCUUCUCUCAGCAAUAGGCUCAAGACGUAUGCCAACUUUCCAGAAACACCUCAGGAGGAGGCUUCUCUCAGCAAUAGGAUCAAGACGUAUGCCAACUUUCCAGAAGCACCUCAGGAGGAGGCUUCUCUCAGCAAUAGGCUCAAGACGUAUGCCAACUUUCCAGAAGCAUAUCAGGAGGAGGCUUCUCUCAGCAAUAGGCUCAAGACGUAUGCCAACUUUCCAGAAGCACCUCAGGAGGAGGCUUCUCUCAGCAAUAGGCUCAAGACGUAUGCCAACUUUCCAGAAGCACCUCAGGAGGAGGCUUCUCUCAGCAAUAGGCUCAAGACGUAUGCCAACUUUCCAGAAGCACCUCAGGAGGAGGCUUCUCUCAGCAAUAGGCUCAAGACGUAUGCCAACUUUCCAGAAGCACCUCAGGAGGAGGCUUCUCUCAGCAAUAGGCUCAAGACGUAUGCCAACUUUCCAGAAGCACCUCAGGAGGAGGCUUCUCUCAGCAAUAGGCUCAAGACGUAUGCCAACUUUCCAGAAGCACCUCAGGAGGAGGCUUCUCUCAGCAAUAGGCUCAAGACUUAUGCCAACUUUCCAGAAGCACCUCAGGAGGAGGCUUCUCUCAGCAAUAGGCUCAAGACGUAUGCCAACUUUCCAGAAGCACCUCAGGAGGAGGCUUCUCUCAGCAAUAGGCUCAAGACGUAUGCCAACUUUCCAGAAGCACCUCAGGAGGAGGCUUCUCUCAGCAAUAGGCUCAAGACGUAUGCCAACUUUCCAGAAGCACCUCAGGAGGAGGCUUCUCUCAGCAAUAGGCUCAAGACGUAUGCCAACUUUCCAGAAGCACCUCAGGAGGAGGCUUCUCUCAGCAAUAGGCUCAAGACGUAUGCCAACUUUCCAGAAGCACCUCAGGAGGAGGCUUCUCUCAGCAAUAGGCUCAAGACGUAUGCCAACUUUCCAGAAGCACCUCAGGAGGAGGCUUCUCUCAGCAAUAGGCUCAAGACGUAUGCCAACUUUCCAGAAGCACCUCAGGAGGAGGCUUCUCUCAGCAAUAGGCUCAAGACUUAUGCCAACUUUCCAGAAGCACCUCAGGAGGAGGCUUCUCUCAGCAAUAGGCUCAAGACGUAUGCCAACUUUCCAGAAGCACCUCAGGAGGAGGCUUCUCCCAGCAAUAGGCUCAAGACGUAUGCCAACUUUCCAGAAGCACCUCAGGAGGAGGCUUCUCCCAGCAAUAGGCUCAAGACGUAUGCCAACUUUCCAGAAGCACCUCAGGAGGAGGCUUCUCCCAGCAAUAGGCUCAAGACGUAUGCCAACUUUCCAGAAGCACCUCAGGAGGAGGCUUCUCCCAGCAAUAGGUUCAAGACGUAUGCCAACUUUCCAGAAGCACCUCAGGAGGAGGCUUCUUUCAGCAAUAGGUUCAAGACGUAUGCCAACUUUCCAGAAGCACCUCAGGAGGAGGCUUCUUUCAGCAAUAGGCUCAAGACGUAUGCCAACUUUCCAGAAGCACCUCAGGAGGAGGCUUCUUUCAGCAAUAGGCUCAAGACGUAUGCCAACUUUCCAGAAGCACCUCAGGAGGAGGCUUCUCCCAGCAAUAGGCUCAAGACGUAUGCCAACUUUCCAGAAGCACCUCAGGAGGAGGCUUCUUUCAGCAAUAGGCUCAAGACGUAUGCCAACUUUCCAGAAGCACCUCAGCAGGAGGCUUCUCUCAGCAAUAGGCUCAAGACUUAUGCCAACUUUCCAGAAGCACCUCAGGAGGAGGCUUCUCUCAGCAAUAGGCUCAAGACGUAUGCCAACUUUCCAGAAGCACCUCAGGAGGAGGCUUCUCCCAGCAAUAGGCUCAAGACUUAUGCCAACUUUCCAGAAGCACCUCAGGAGGAGGAUUCUCUCAGCAAUAGGCUCAAGACGUAUGCCAUCUUUCCAGAAGCACCUCAGGAGGAGGCUUCUCCCAGCAAUAGGCUCAAGACGUAUGCCAACUUUCCAGAAGCACCUCAGGAGGAGGCUUCUCUCAGCAAUAGGCUCAAGACGUAUGCCAACUUUCCAGAAGCACCUCAGGAGGAGGCUUCUCCCAGCAAUAGGCUCAAGACGUAUGCCAACUUUCCAGAAGCACCUCAGGAGGAGGCUUCUCUCAGCAAUAGGCUCAAGACGUAUGCCAACUUUCCAGAAGCACCUCAGGAGGAGGCUUCUCUCAGCAAUAGGAUCAAGACGUAUGCCAACUUUCCAGAAGCACCUCAGGAGGAGGCUUCUCCCAGCAAUAGGCUCAAGACGUAUGCCAACUUUCCAGAAGCACCUCAGGAGGAGGCUUCUCCCAGCAAUAGGCUCAAGACUUAUGCCAACUUUCCAGAAGCACCUCAGGAGGAGGCUUCUCUCAGCAAUAGGCUCAAGACGUAUGCCAACUUUCCAGAAGCACCUCAGGAGGAGGCUUCUCUCAGCAAUAGGCUCAAGACUUAUGCCAACUUUCCAGAAGCACCUCAGGAGGAGGCUUCUCUCAGCCAUAGGCUCAAGACGUAUGCCAACUUUCCAGAAGCACCUCAGGAGGAGGCUUCUCUCAGCAAUAGGCUCAAGACUUAUGCCAACUUUCCAGAAGCACCUCAGGAGGAGGCUUCUCUCAGCAAUAGGCUCAAGACGUAUGCCAACUUUCCAGAAGCACCUCAGGAGGAGGCUUCUCCCAGCAAUAGGCUCAAGACGUAUGCCAACUUUCCAGAAGCACCUCAGGAGGAGGCUUCUCCCAGCAAUAGGCUCAAGACGUAUGCCAACUUUCCAGAAGCACCUCAGGAGGAGGCUUCUCCCAGCAAUAGGCUCAAGACUUAUGCCAACUUUCCAGAAGCACCUCAGGAGGAGGAUUCUCUCAGCAAUAGGCUCAAGACGUAUGCCAACUUUCCAGAAGCACCUCAGGAGGAGGCUUCUCCCAGCAAUAGGCUCAAGACUUAUGCCAACUUUCCAGAAGCACCUCAGGAGGAGGAUUCUCUCAGCAAUAGGUUCAAGACUUAUGCCAACUUUCCAGAAGCACCUCAGGAGGAGGCUUCUCUCAGCAAUAGGCUCAAGACGUAUGCCAUCUUUCCAGAAGCACCUCAGGAGGAGGCUUCUCCCAGCAAUAGGUUCAAGACUUAUGCCAACUUUCCAGAAGCACCUCAGGAGGAGGCUUCUCUCAGCAAUAGGCUCAAGACGUAUGCCAUCUUUCCAGAAGCACCUCAGGAGGAGGCUUCUCCCAGCAAUAGGUUCAAGACUUAUGCCAACUUUCCAGAAGCACCUCAGGAGGAGGCUUCUCUCAGCAAUAGGCUCAAGACUUAUGCCAACUUUCCAGAAGCACCUCAGGAGGAGGCUUCUCUCAGCAAUAGGUUCAAGACGUAUGCCAACUUUCCAGAAGCACCUCAGGAGGAGGCUUCUCUCAGCAAUAGGCUCAAGACGUAUGCCAACUUUCCAGAAGCACCUCAGGAGGAGGCUUCUCCCAGCAAUAGGCUCAAGACGUAUGCCAUCUUUCCAGAAGCACCUCAGGAGGAGGCUUCUCCCAGCAAUAGGUUCAAGACUUAUGCCAACUUUCCAGAAGCACCUCAGGAGGAGGCUUCUCUCAGCAAUAGGCUCAAGACUUAUGCCAACUUUCCAGAAGCACCUCAGGAGGAGGCUUCUCUCAGCAAUAGGUUCAAGACGUAUGCCAACUUUCCAGAAGCACCUCAGGAGGAGGCUUCUCUCAGCAAUAGGCUCAAGACGUAUGCCAACUUUCCAGAAGCACCUCAGGAGGAGGCUUCUCCCAGCAAUAGGCUCAAGACGUAUGCCAUCUUUCCAGAAGCACCUCAGGAGGAGGCUUCUCCCAGCAAUAGGUUCAAGACUUAUGCCAACUUUCCAGAAGCACCUCAGGAGGAGGCUUCUCUCAGCAAUAGGCUCAAGACGUAUGCCAUCUUUCCAGAAGCACCUCAGGAGGAGGCUUCUCCCAGCAAUAGGUUCAAGACUUAUGCCAACUUUCCAGAAGCACCUCAGGAGGAGGCUUCUCUCAGCAAUAGGCUCAAGACUUAUGCCAACUUUCCAGAAGCACCUCAGGAGGAGGCUUCUCUCAGCAAUAGGUUCAAGACGUAUGCCAACUUUCCAGAAGCACCUCAGGAGGAGGCUUCUCUCAGCAAUAGGCUCAAGACGUAUGCCAACUUUCCAGAAGCACCUCAGGAGGAGGCUUCUCCCAGCAAUAGGCUCAAGACUUAUGCCAACUUUCCAGAAGCACCUCAGGAGGAGGCUUCUCUCAGCAAUAGGCUCAAGACGUAUGCCAACUUUCCAGAAGCACCUCAGGAGGAGGCUUCUCCCAGCAAUAGGCUCAAGACGUAUGCCAACUUUCCAGAAGCACCUCAGGAGGAGGCUUCUCCCAGCAAUAGGCUCAAGACGUAUGCCAACUUUCCAGAAGCACCUCAGGAGGAGGCUUCUCUCAGCAAUAGGCUGAAGACGUAUGCCAACUUUCCAGAAGCACCUCAGGAGGAGGCUUCUCUCAGCAAUAGGCUCAAGACUUAUGCCAACUUUCCAGAAGCACCUCAGGAGGAGGCUUCUCUCAGCAAUAGGUUCAAGACGUAUGCCAACUUUCCUGAAGCACCUCAGGAGGAGGCUUCUCUCAGCAAUAGGCUCAAGACGUAUGCCAACUUUCCAGAAGCACCUCAGGAGGAGGCUUCUCCCAGCAAUAGGCUCAAGACUUAUGCCAACUUUCCAGAAGCACCUCAGGAGGAGGCUUCUCUCAGCAAUAGGCUCAAGACGUAUGCCCACUUUCCAGAAGCACCUCAGGAGGAGGCUUCUCUCAGCAAUAGGCUCAAGACUUAUGCCAACUUUCCAGAAGCACCUCAGGAGGAGGCUUCUCUCAGCAAUAGGCUCAAGACGUAUGCCAACUUUCCAGAAGCACCUCAGGAGGAGGCUUCUCUCAGCAAUAGGCUCAAGACUUAUGCCAACUUUCCAGAAGCACCUCAGGAGGAGGCUUCUCUCAGCAAUAGGCUCAAGACUUAUGCCAACUUUCCAGAAGCACCUCAGGAGGAGGCUUCUCUCAGCAAUAGGCUCAAGACGUAUGCCAACUUUCCAGAAGCACCUCAGGAGGAGGCUUCUCUCAGCAAUAGGCUCAAGACUUAUGCCAACUUUCCAGAAGCACCUCAGGAGGAGGCUUCUCUCAGCAAUAGGCUCAAGACGUAUGCCAACUUUCCAGAAGCACCUCAGGAGGAGGCUUCUCUCAGCAAUAGGCUCAAGACGUAUGCCAACUUUCCAGAAGCACCUCAGGAGGAGGCUUCUCUCAGCAAUAGGCUCAAGACUUAUGCCAACUUUCCAGAAGCACCUCAGGAGGAGGCUUCUCUCAGCAAUAGGCUCAAGACGUAUGCCAACUUUCCAGAAGCACCUCAGGAGGAGGCUUCUCUCAGCAUUAGGCUCAAGACGUAUGCCAACUUUCCAGAAGCACCUCAGGAGGAGGCUUCUCUCAGCAAAAGGCUCAAGACGUAUGCCAACUUUCCAGAAGCACCUCAGGAGGAGGCUUCUCUCAGCAAUAGGCUCAAGACGUAUGCCAACUUUCCAGAAGCACCUCAGGAGGAGGCUUCUCUCAUCAAUAGGCUCAAGACGUAUGCCAACUUUCCAGAAGCACCUCAGGAGGAGGCUUCUCCCAGCAAUAGGCUCAAGACUUAUGCCAACUUUCCAGAAGCACCUCAGGAGGAGGCUUCUCUCAGCAAUAGGCUCAAGACGUAUGCCAACUUUCCAGAAGCACCUCAGGAGGAGGCUUCUCUCAGCAAUAGGCUCAAGACUUAUGCCAACUUUCCAGAAGCACCUCAGGAGGAGGCUUCUCUCAGCAAUAGGCUCAAGACGUAUGCCAACUUUCCAGAAGCACCUCAGGAGGAGGCUUCUCUCAGCAAUAGGCUCAAGACGUAUGCCAACUUUCCAGAAGCACCUCAGGAGGAGGCUUCUCUCAGCAAUAGGCUCAAGACGUAUGCCAACUUUCCAGAAGCACCUCAGGAGGAGGCUUCUCUCAGCAAUAGGCUCAAGACGUAUGCCAACUUUCCAGAAGCACCUCAGGAGGAGGCUUCUCUCAGCAAUAGGCUCAAGACGUAUGCCAACUUUCCAGAAGCACCUCAGGAGGAGGCUUCUCUCAGCAUUAGGCUCAAGACGUAUGCCAACUUUCCAGAAGCACCUCAGGAGGAGGCUUCUCUCAGCAAUAGGUUCAAGACGUAUGCCAACUUUCCAGAAGCACCUCAGGAGGAGGCUUCUCUCAGCAAUAGGCUCAAGACGUAUGCCAACUUUCCAGAAGCACCUCAGGAGGAGGCUUCUCCCAGCAAUAGGCUCAAGACUUAUGCCAACUUUCCAGAAGCACCUCAGGAGGAGGCUUCUCUCAGCAAUAGGCUCAAGACGUAUGCCAACUUUCCAGAAGCACCUCAGGAGGAGGCUUCUCCCAGCAAUAGGCUCAAGACGUAUGCCAACUUUCCAGAAGCACCUCAGGAGGAGGCUUCUCCCAGCAAUAGGCUCAAGACGUAUGCCAACUUUCCAGAAGCACCUCAGGAGGAGGCUUCUCUCAGCAAUAGGCUGAAGACGUAUGCCAACUUUCCAGAAGCACCUCAGGAGGAGGCUUCUCUCAGCAAUAGGCUCAAGACUUAUGCCAACUUUCCAGAAGCACCUCAGGAGGAGGCUUCUCUCAGCAAUAGGUUCAAGACGUAUGCCAACUUUCCUGAAGCACCUCAGGAGGAGGCUUCUCUCAGCAAUAGGCUCAAGACGUAUGCCAACUUUCCAGAAGCACCUCAGGAGGAGGCUUCUCCCAGCAAUAGGCUCAAGACUUAUGCCAACUUUCCAGAAGCACCUCAGGAGGAGGCUUCUCUCAGCAAUAGGCUCAAGACGUAUGCCCACUUUCCAGAAGCACCUCAGGAGGAGGCUUCUCUCAGCAAUAGGCUCAAGACUUAUGCCAACUUUCCAGAAGCACCUCAGGAGGAGGCUUCUCUCAGCAAUAGGCUCAAGACGUAUGCCAACUUUCCAGAAGCACCUCAGGAGGAGGCUUCUCUCAGCAAUAGGCUCAAGACUUAUGCCAACUUUCCAGAAGCACCUCAGGAGGAGGCUUCUCUCAGCAAUAGGCUCAAGACUUAUGCCAACUUUCCAGAAGCACCUCAGGAGGAGGCUUCUCUCAGCAAUAGGCUCAAGACGUAUGCCAACUUUCCAGAAGCACCUCAGGAGGAGGCUUCUCUCAGCAAUAGGCUCAAGACUUAUGCCAACUUUCCAGAAGCACCUCAGGAGGAGGCUUCUCUCAGCAAUAGGCUCAAGACGUAUGCCAACUUUCCAGAAGCACCUCAGGAGGAGGCUUCUCUCAGCAAUAGGCUCAAGACGUAUGCCAACUUUCCAGAAGCACCUCAGGAGGAGGCUUCUCUCAGCAAUAGGCUCAAGACUUAUGCCAACUUUCCAGAAGCACCUCAGGAGGAGGCUUCUCUCAGCAAUAGGCUCAAGACGUAUGCCAACUUUCCAGAAGCACCUCAGGAGGAGGCUUCUCUCAGCAUUAGGCUCAAGACGUAUGCCAACUUUCCAGAAGCACCUCAGGAGGAGGCUUCUCUCAGCAAAAGGCUCAAGACGUAUGCCAACUUUCCAGAAGCACCUCAGGAGGAGGCUUCUCUCAGCAAUAGGCUCAAGACGUAUGCCAACUUUCCAGAAGCACCUCAGGAGGAGGCUUCUCUCAUCAAUAGGUAUGUGGGUGGGACCCGAGAUUGCUGCCUCAAGGGGAAUAUACAGCGAAAAGCCCUAACUUGA